AUGUCACGCGAGCACCCCCCGCAGCAGCUUCACCAAGACCAGCAGCCCACACCACCACCAGCAGCAACGACGCCGAUUAUUCUUCGCUGCAACAUAUUCGUCAGCGGGCGCGUGCAGGGCGUCUUUUACCGCAACCACACGCGGCGGGCGGCGCAGGCGCGUGGGGUGCGCGGGUGGGUGCGCAACCUGCCAGACGGCCGCGUUGAGGUGAUGGCGGAGGGCAGCAGGGCGGCGGUGGACGACCUUGUGAAGUGGUGCCACGUGGGGUCGCCCAAGUCGCGUGUGGACGCUGUCGACGCGACAGUUGUGGCAGAGGGUGACGCGUACACGUUUGCGACAUUUGAGGUGCGGCGCUGA